UAUGGUAGCCCUGACAAUUGCCCUAAAAGAUUUCCUGCUGGUUGUUGUGUUGAUGGAAUCUGCCGUACUAAGAAAAAAGGUUGUAACUGCAGUGGAUGUUGCUGAAGUUGUGAGGGGGCUGGAUAAAAAGAAUAUUGAAGAACUAACGAAUUUUUGUGAAAAAAGAGUUAAUCAAAUCUAUGUUUCGGACGAAAAUUUAAUAUUAAUAAAGGAGCUUGGCUAUACUUUUUUGUCGAAAAAAAGAUAG